AUAAGAACUUACGAUAUACGAUAAUUUGAUUUGAUAUUGUCUAAAGAAUCUUUCCAAUUAUCUAUUAAUUUUUGCAUUAAAUCAAUUAUACAAACCCAUUAAAAAUUAGGGUAGUGAAUUAAGAUAAGUAUUUGCAUAAACUUCUUUAUCCAAGAUGAUGAAAAGUUUCAGAAGAAGUAAGAGACUGUCGAAUAAUUCUUCAGGAUCUCCGAAACAUUCCAUAACAAGAGUCACUUCUGUUGAUGCUGAUUCAAUAACUACUUUACAAUCUCCUAAAAAAGUUAUUAAAGCAUUAUAUGAUUAUAACCCUCAAGGUCCUGGAGAAUUGAAAUUCUCUAAGGGAGAUUUCUUUCAUGUAUUAACUGAAGAUGAUGAUGUUGAUGAAUUAACUGAUAAUUCAAAUGCAUGGUAUGAAGCUACUAAUCCUAUAACUCAUACUAAAGGUAUGGUACCUGUAAGUUAUUUUGAAGUAUUUAAAAGAUCCAGACCUGUAGCUAAGGACACUCCAACUUCAUUAACUCUGGGUUCAAGUACAGCUACUCGUUCAACUCAAAGAAAUUCUUCACAAACUUUAUAUGCCGUUGUUCUUUAUGAGUUUAAAGCUGAACGUGAAGAUGAAUUGGAUAUUUUCCCGGGUGAAAACUUAAUCAUAUGUGCUCAUCAUGAAUACGAAUGGUUUAUAGCAAAACCAAUAAAUAGAUUAGGUGGUCCUGGUUUAGUACCAGUUACUUACGUUAAAAUCAUUGAUUUAUUAAAUCCACUUGCAGCUCAACAUCCAAAUCUUGAAGCUUCAAAUAGUGAGGAUAUAGCUCGUACAAUUGAUAAUUUUAAAAUUCCUUCGGUUGAACAAUGGAAAGAGCAAAAUGCAAGAUAUCAAGCAUCAACUAUACCUCUUGGGUCAAUAUCAAAUACUCAAACUCCUCCAAUGUCAUCAAAUACUCAAUUCUUUGAAGGUGAAAGUACUUCUAAUAGAUCAUCUUUAAGUUCAGCAGGGACAAUCAUACUUGAAGCUGGAGUUGAUUCUUAUCAAUUAGAUCAUGGAAGAUAUCAAUAUCUUGUUACUGCAAAACUUUCUAAUGGUAAAAUAAGACAAUUAUAUCGUUAUUACCAAGAUUUUUAUGAUUUACAAGUGAAAUUAUUAGAAUUAUUUCCUUAUGAAGCAGGUAAAAUUGAAAAUUCUAAACGUAUAAUUCCUUCAAUUCCUGGUCCAUUAAUUAAUGUGAAUGAUAGUAUAUCAAAAUUAAGACGAGAAAAAUUGGAUUAUUAUUUAAGGAAUUUAAUUGCAUUGCCAAGUCAUAUUUCAAGGUCUGAAGAAGUAUUAAGAUUAUUUGAUGUAUUAGAAAAUGGAUUUGAUAAAGAAUUUACCGAUUCAAAUAAUAAUAAUGGAAGAUCUUCGAAGCCAAUUAGUCAACAAUCCAACUAUCAACAAGAUAGAUUAUCACAAUAUUCCAAUUAUCCUAAUAAUCAUAGAAAUUCAACUACUCCAACGUCUGAGACUCGUUCAAGAUCAUCUAGUACACAUUUAAUUAAUAAUGUUCCUGGAGUUGUCAAUCAAUCAAAUACUUCAGCCAUAAGUUCUGAUAGUAAAGCACAAAUCACAAAAGUAAAAGUAAAAUUCUAUUAUGAUGAAGAUAUUUUUGUUUUAUUAUUACCUACUAGUCUCAGACUUCAAGAUUUAAAAACUAAAUUAUUUAAAAGAUUGGAUUUGGAUAAGAAUGAUAAUGGAAUUGUUCCACAAGAUGUCCAAUUAUUCUUAAAGAAUGAUUAUGAUGAUUUUAUAAAUGAAAAUAAUAUUGUCAAUGAAGACUUUGAUUCAAUUCAAAGAGAUAAAUUAAAAGAAUUUGAAGUUGAUGAUGAUGAGAAAUUUCAUGGUAUAUUAUUUGAUAAAUGUAAAUUAGUAAUUCUUGUUUGAGUAUCAUGCCUCCCAAAAAAUACUAUGCUAAUGAUAAUUCUUAACGUCCAUUGAUCUAUUUAAGGUUGAAAUUCCUUGAUAUAGAUCUCAUACUAAUUGUACUUUGUAUAUGUAUAUGUAAUUUUGUAAUAACUAUAGUCUCUGGGUGGGUAGUGUAAAGUAAUAGACAUAAUAUAUAACAAAAAUUUAUAAUUGCA